AUGACGAGAUACACAGACUUUUCCCGCAAACGCACCUACGUGCAGGCUGGGCUGAACUACCGAGAGGACGACACCGAAGGCGAGGAGCAGGCUGUGGAACCUAUACAAGCUGGUAGUAGUAGUGGCCACGAAGGAGUAGCACAGGAGGAGCAAUCAGCCGAGCCCUCGAAAAAGAGACGAAAGAACGGUUCGUCAAAACGUAGGAAAACCGAGUCAGCAAAUACCGCAGCUGCUACGAAGGUUUCUGGGGAAUCUCAGCAGGGACGACAUGAUCGAGAUGAUGAUGAUGAAGCAGUGGAUGGCGAGACACAGGGUGAUGAGACCGGUGCAGGCAAGGCUAAGGCUGAGGUCAGUGAGGGCACAAAGAAACGGAGCAGGGAUGCGCAAACCCGUAAGGAGUCCUCUGAGCGACGACGGCUCAAGCGGAAAGAUCAGCGCACGUCCGACACCGUGUGCUUUGCUUGUCGAGAAAGGGGUCACGCAGCCCGAGAAUGUACGAAAGCCCUCAAACCGCUUGAAGAGAGCGGCAGUGCGAGCGCAGGUCCCAGAGCGAAGAAGAGUAUUGGAAAAAGUGCCGUGGGGAUUUGCUACAGGUGUGGCUCCCGGGCACACAAUCUAUCGGCAUGCAGGGAGCCAGUCGACCCUUCAGACCCUCUACCAUUUGCGUCAUGCUUCGUGUGCUCGGGCAAAGGUCAUCUCGCCUCGGCAUGUCCGCAAAACCAGUCCAAGGGCGUCUACCCGAACGGCGGAUGCUGCAAGCUAUGUGGCGAGAUAACUCAUCUGGCGAAGGACUGCGGGCUGCGCAAAAAAGAUGUCACAGCCUCAGCUACCGUACUGGGCACAGGGGAGGAUGCCGGUGCCGACGAAGACGACUUCCACGCCCUCAAGCGCCACACCGCCGAGGUCGAUAAGUCGGAGAAGCUCGAACAUCGGGUAAAGCGACAGGCAAAGGUCCUCGUCGGCGUUCACUCCGGCGUCGUGAAGUCGUACGCAGACAGGACAAUCGCACCGGCGAAGAAGGUGGUCAGUUUCUGA